UGGUCCCCUGAUGACUGGCCAUGGGUCGCGGCUAGAGAUUUUGACGGGCCGAGUGUCGACAGUACUGACGGAGUCCUGAUAUACGACAUUUCUGGUGAUAAGUUGCAGGUUGGAGAGGAGAUCACCGUUGAAUGCCAAAUAACCGGCCUUGUGGCGUUCACGACAAAAGUCCUUGUUACAGCGUGUCCCAUCGGGCGGUUCGGGCGGUUCUGUGCGGAGCGCUGCCAGUGUUAUAACGGGGCCGCAUGUCACAGCUUCAACGGAGCGUGCAGGUGCGCCCCUGGCUGGACAGGAAGGAACUGCACCACAGACAACCCGGAAGUGCACAUCAGUCCUCCGGAAAGAGAAUUGACAGACUUGCGGUUCGGACAGGAACUGCAGCUCACGUGCACGGCUUACAAACUUGACGUCACCGACAUCACGUGGUCCUUCCCGAGUGGUACUUCUGUAGUCCUACAGCCUAAAAGCAAGACCUCUUCUGUUCUGUACAUCAACUCCCUGGCGCCUGAGCACGAGGGUCACGUGACCUGUGAGGGUGUUACCCCCAGCGGAGACACAUACACUGACGUGGUGGACAUACGGAUAGUGUGUGAGGAGAAUUACUGGGGUCCGCUGUGUGAUCGAGUCUGCAACUGUACAGACCAGGAGACCUGCGAUCGGUUCCAGGGCUGCGUCUGUCAGGGGGAGGGCUGUCCGGACUCCCUGCUCCUGAUCAUCAUCAGUCUGUCGGCAGGCGCGCUGAUUCUCCUCCUACUCGGCGCCAUCUUCCUGCUCUACAGGCACAACAACAGGCUGCGGGUCGGAAACAUCGACGAUCCGGAAGUCUUCCAGCUCGGACAGGACCUCAAGGCCCUGAUGCCGCCUGCAGCAGGCUCCUCGUCAGGCAGUAUCGACAUGGAGCUGCUGAAUGAAAGGGAGAUCGACAGGAGCAGGCUGCAGCUCAAACAACUCCUGGGAGAGGGCGCUUUUGGACAUGUCGUCAAGGCAACGAUGAUACAUCCUGAUAAAGACGAUGUGGUGGUUGCUGUAAAAAAACUCAAAGGCCCGCUCCAGCUGGUUCUGGAAUAUGCCGAACACGGGAGUCUCCUUCACCUGCUGUGGACGUUACGUGCGGAGUCCAAACUCAACAGGACCGUUCUGGUCAACAAACGGCACAUCUUCGAGAACAUGAUGGUGGAGGUCUGCUCCGGACUGGAGCACCUGGCGACCAGGAGGCUGGUUCACCGAGACAUCGCGGCCCGGAACAUCCUGAUCUGUGGGAAGGGAACCGCCAAGAUCGCGGACUUCGGGCUGGCACGGGACAUGUACGCUGUGGGGUACCAUCGGCAGGACAGGGGCCGCGACCUGCUGCCGCUGAAAUGGAUGGCGCCGGAGGGCCUGAAGAACGAGGCUAGGUUCACUCACAAGAGCGACGUCUGGUCCUUCGGGGUUCUGUUGUGGGAAGUGGCGCAGCUGGGCCGCACGCCGUACCCUGGGAUGGAGGGGGCAGACAGAAUAUAUGAUGCUCUGCAAAACCACUUCAGACUCCCCAGGCCUCAGCUGUGUACAGAAGAGAGAUACCAGCUGAUGCUGAAGUGCUGGAAGUUUAACGAGAAGACCAGGCCGGACGCCACAACUGUCAGGAAACUUCUGGUGGCGGAUCCCAACGGCUUUUUCUACUUCAGCACACCUGUGGCAGCGAUAGGGACACGAGAAACUCCGAUCAAUUUUGACCGCGGAUAUUUCGAGCGCGGUUCUGACGGCUGCACCACGGAGGUUCUGACUUUUUACGACGGAGGAUCAGCCAACAGCAGGGUCAUCGAUACGUUCUGUCGUGUUUCUAGAGGCCGUGUAGCCCGGUACCACCUGUCUGCGGCCAGUACGGGACACCAGCUGCACGUGGUCUUCACACGCAGCCCGAGCGCGCCUGAGUGGGUGGAGUGGUACGAAUUCUACCUGACUUACACUACCAGAGAAAAUGAAGAGGACCCAGUCUUCGACGAAAACACAUACGUCCCACAAACAGAGGAAGAGUUCGACCUGGAAACAGUUGCGGAGUUCGUGCGAAUCAGCAUUGAUGGAUAUUUCGCAUUCGACGACAGCAAUGUGUGGCCGUACGGGUACACCACUGACGGCGGUGAGUGUUACAACACUGCUGCUGUUCUGCUUUGCUAUUAUUCAGGUAUUUUGGAGUUCUACCUGGCAAUUCAGGAGAAUGUUCUAGACUUUGACCUGACUCCGGAUAUGGACUACUCAUGUUGGCCAACCCACAGCGAGAUAUUGGCCUUUGCUGAGCCGUAUGUAAACAGCGACGACAGGAACUUCCCCCUUGACGAUUGGCCGUGGAUUCCCUUCUACUAUUACGGGAUUUGGGAGGAAAACGUGGCGAUUAUGAAGUACACAUUUCUGAACGUAAAGGUCGGAGUGGAGAAUUUCGCACAAAAUGAGAUUCGCUGUGCGAUCAACGGGCAAAUUUUCCCCACCGAGGUCAUAGUAAAGGCCUGUCCCAUCGGACGGUUCGGACGGUUCUGUGCGGAGCGCUGCCAGUGUUAUAACGGGGCCGCGUGUCACAGCUUCAACGGAGCGUGCAGGUGCGCCCCUGGCUGGACAGGAAGGAACUGCACCACAGUUCACCCAGAAGUGCGCAUCAGUCCUUCAGACAGCGAGCUGAAAGACUUGCGGUUCGGACAGGAACUGCAGCUCACGUGCACGGCCUACAAUUUCCGUGUCAACAACUUCAACUGGUUCCUCAACGGCGCGCCUGUCAACCGAAGUCCGUUGACCGAAACAAGCGAUACCAACUCUUCUGUUCUUCACAUCCGCUCCCUGCUGCCUGUGUACGAGGGUCACGUGACCUGUGUGGCAGAGAGUGCAGGUGGAGACAAUUACACAGAUGAGGUGGUCAUACGAAUAGCGGGUUGCCAGAACAAUUAUUGGGGCGAGCUGUGUGGCCAGGUCUGCAACUGUACAGACCAGGAGACCUGCAACCGGACCCUGGGCUGCGUCUGCUCUGGCGACGGGUGUUCGGGUGAGAUCGACAUGGAGCUGCUGAAGGAAAGGGAGAUCGACAGGAGCAGGCUGCAGCUCAAACAACUCCUGGGAGAGGGCGCUUUUGGACAUGUCGUCGAGGCAACGCUGACGCAACCUGAGGAAGACGAUGUGGUGGUAGCUGUCAAGAAACUCAAAGGCCCGCUCCAACUGGUUCUGGAAUAUGCCGAACACGGGAGUCUCCUUCACCUGCUGUGGACGUUACGUGCGGAGUCCAAACUCAACAGGACCGUUCUGGUCAACAAACGGCACAUCUUCGAGAACAUGAUGGUGGAGGUCUGCUGCGGACUGGAGCACCUGGCGACCAGGAGGCUGGUUCACCGAGACAUCGCGGCCCGGAACAUCCUGAUCUGUGGGAAGGGAACCGCCAAGAUCGCGGACUUCGGGCUGGCCCGGGACAUGUACGCUGUGGGGUACCAUCGGCAGGACAGGGGCCGCGACCUGCUGCCGCUGAAGUGGAUGGCCCCGGAGGGCCUGAAGAACGAGGCUAGGUUCACUCACAAGAGCGACAUAUGGUCUUUUGGGGUUCUGUUGUGGGAGGUGGCGCAGCUGGGCCGCACGCCGUACCCUGGGAUGGAGGGGGCAGACAGAAUAUAUGAUGCUCUGCAAAACCACUUCAGACUCCCCAGGCCUCAGCUGUGUACAGAAGAAAGAUACCAGCUGAUGCUGAAAUGCUGGAAGUUUAACGAGAAGACCAGGCCGGACGCCACAACUGUCAGGAAACUACUGCAGGCGGAUCCCAACGUGAGAUAUUCUUACAAAUAUACCCAUAAAUCUCACAAUAUUGGCUUCUUCUAUUUCACCGCACCUGCGGCAACAGUGAAGGCACCGGCAACGCCGGUAUGA